CGCGCGGAAUCGUUCCCCGCGGGGCCCAAGAGCGCUCUCCACCCCUGCCCCCCACCGCCGGGGACCGACUUCCACCGGUUGCGCGCGCACCCGAGUAGGUGGGGCUGUACCCAUCCCGAGUCACGUGAGAGAGUUUUAGCUCGCGCACUCCCGGGGGCGGCCAUUUUCUUUAAGGCUGUUAAGCAUAUGAAUCUAUUGAGAAGAGCCCUGAGACGAGAAAUUUCGGAUGCUUUCACAUCUGGUUAUCAACUCUGGGGGCGAGGCGGAGAGAAAAGCCUUCACCCCUCCAGACCCAGAGGUGUCUUAAUAAAAGUUUUCCGUCAACUAGUUUCCUUUGUCUUUAGAAAGAACUACUGAGAAGCGCCGAAAAUGGGAGUUUAGCCUUUCAAAUACGAGAUCCGAGCGGCACGGCCCCAGAUGGAAGUUUUCGGGCCUAACGUAGGUCGAACUGUGAGAUUGGAGUCCUGGCCCUUUAAGGAUUUGGAUCAUACAGCGGAUGUCCAGUUGCAUGCAUGGGGCGAUACCCUGGAGGAAGCCUUUGAGCAAUGUGCCAUGGCCAUGUUUGGUUAUAUGACAGAUACGGGGACUGUGGAGCCCCUCCAAACCGUGGAAGUGGAAACUCAAGGAGAUGACUUGCAGUCUCUUCUCUUCCACUUUUUGGAUGAGUGGCUUUAUAAAUUUAGUGCUGAUGAAUUCUUCAUACCCCGGGAAGUGAAAGUACUUAAUAUUGAUCAAAGAAAUUUUAAAUUACGAUCAAUUGGGUGGGGAGAAGAAUUUUCAUUGUCCAAGCACCCUCAGCUCUCUGCUAUGGUCUGGGAAAGCAGUAGAAGAUGGCCCAAGUCCUUGGGCCCCUGCACCCAUGUGGGAGACCUGGAAGAAGCUCCUGGCUCCUGGCUCCGGAUCGAUACAGCUCUGGCUGUUGCAGUCAACUGGGGAGUGAACCAGUGGAUGGAAUACCUCUCUCUCUCUGCCUCUCCUCUCUCUGUGUAACUCUGACUUUCAAAUAAAUAAAUAAAUAUUUAAAAAAAUAAAGAUAAAGGCUUCCUAAUGUCAUGAUAAGGAUGGAAUGUGCUACCUUGGAAAUUAAAACAUUUUUUAAAAUAUUUAUUUACUUGAAGGCAGAGUAACAGAGAGUGAAGGGGAGAGAGAGAAAUCAUCUACCUACUGGCUCAUUCACCACAUGGCUGCAAUGGCUGGGGCUGGGCCAGGCUGAAGCCAAGAGCCUGGAAAUCUAUCUAGGUCUCCCACAUGAGUGGCAAGGCUCCAAGCACUUGGGCCAUUUUCCACUGCCUUCCCAAGCACGAUUUUAAGUGAAGCAGCCAAGAUUCAAGGCAGCACUCUGAUGUGAGAUGCUCGUGUUGAAAGCAGUGGCUUAAUCUCCUCAGUCACAAAUCUGGCCUAUAUAAAUGUAUUUUUAUGUAAAUGAAAUUUUGCCUGUAAUAUGCCAGACAUUAUUUUAGACCCUUUAGGUAGAGAGGUAACAGGACAAGCAAGGUCUCUACCCUCACUGGGCUUCAAAUCUAAUGAUGGAAGCGAGCCUGAAAACAUGGAAACAACUGAACAAUGUAACUUCAGUUGGUAAAUAGUCCCAUUGGGGUAAGGGCGGGUGGUUGGAAGAGAGGAAAGGGUGAUCAGAAAGGUGGUCUGAGGAGGUUACAUUUUAGCAGAGGCCAGGAAGUAGAAAAUGAGUAGAGACAAGGAAGGAAUUCUUCCAGGCAGAAGAAAGAGAUGUGUAGGUCAGGAAGGGAGAUAGAUGAUCCAUGUCCCAGGAAACAGCAAGGACAGUGCUGCUGGUGCUGAGAGAGAGACAGAAGCCUUGGAGAUGAGGUGGUGCUGAUACAGAGCAGGGCAUGCGGAUCUCAGUUUUUUUUUUUCUAAGAUUUUAUUUUUUGUUUUUAAACUUUUUUUUGAAAUUUAUUUAUUUAUUUGAAAGUCAGAGUUGCACAGAGAAAGGAGAGGCAGAGAGAGAGAGAGGUCUUCCAUCCACUGGUUCACUCCCCAAUUGGCUGCAAUGGCCAGAGCUGUGCCAAUCUGAAGCCAGGAGCUUCUUCUGGGUCUCCCACACAGGUGCAGGAGCCCAAUGACUUGGGCCAUCUUCUACUGCUUUCUCAGGCCAUAGCAGAGAGCUGGAUAGGAAGUGGAGCAGCUGGGUCUUAAACCAGCGCCCAUAUGGGAUGCCAGCGCUUCAGGCCAGGGCAUUAACCCGCUGCACCACAGUGCUGGCGCCAAGAUUUUAUUCUUUUAUUUGAGAGAUAAAUAGAGAGACAGAGAAAGGCCUUUCAUCCGCUGGUACACUACCCAAAUGGCCUCAACGGCUAGAGCUGGGCCAUUCAGAAGCCAAGAGCCAGGAGCUUCUUCCAGGUCUCCCACAUGGGUGCAGGGGCCCAAGGACUUGAGCCAUCUUCUACUGCUUUUCCAGGCAGUAGCAGAAUGCUGGAUCAGAGAAGAACAUCCAGGACAUGAACUGGCACCCAUAUGGGAUGCUGGUGCCGCAGACAGAGGCUUAGCCUACUAGGCCACAGCAUGGCUCUGUGGAUCUUACUCUUAGUGUAAUGGGGAGCCAUGGGAAGAUUAUAAUCAUGGGAGUUGUAUGAUCUGAUUUGAGCAUUAAAGUGACCAAGAAUAGACCAUAAAGGGGGUGAAACUGGCAUCACAGAAGCCAUUUAGGAAGCCUUUACAAGCAUCUACAUGAAAGAUGAUAACGUGGAUGAGGGUUUCAGUGCAGAGAUGAUAAGUGGUUAGAUUAAUAUUUAUUUUGACCUUGCAGUGCCAGCACACCGGAUUCUAGUCCCGGUUGGGGUGCCGGAUUCUGUCCCGGUUGCCCCUCUUCCAGGCCAGCUCUCUGCUGUGGCCAGGGAGUGCAGUGGAGGGUGACCCAAGUACUUGGGCCCUGCACCCCAUGGGAGACCAGGAGAAGCACCUGGCUCCUGCCAUCGGAUCAGCGCGGUGCGCCGGCCGCGGCGGCCAUUGGAGGGUGAACCAAUGGCAAAAGGAAGACCUUUCUCUCUGUCUCUCUCUCUCACUGUCCACUCUGCCUGUCAAAAAAUAAAAAAUAAAUCCAAAAAAAAAAUUUAUUUUGAAGGUAGACACUAUUCUUACUGGUCUGAGCAACUGAGGGAGUGCUGGUCCCAUUGCUUAGUAGUUAAGACUAAGGGAAAAGCGGGCCUUUGAACAUGUUAUGUUUUUAAGGUGUUUUUUAAUGUUUAAAUUUUUAUCUAUUUACUUGAAAGGUAGAGAGACGCACAGAGAUCUCCCAUGCACUGGUUCCUUCCCAAAUGCCCACAACAGCAAAGGCUGUGCCAGGCUGAGGCCGAGAGCCAGGAACUAAAUCUGAGUCUCCCACGUGGGCAGCAGGAACCCAGGUGCUUGAGCCAUUACUUGCUGCCUCCUGCAGUACAUAUUAGCAGGAAACAAAUUAAGAGUGGAGUCAGGACUUGAAUGCAGGUGCUCUAAUAUGGGAUGCAGGCAUCCCAAGUAGUAUCUUUUUUUUUUUUUUUUUUAGAUUUAUUUAUUUAUUUAUUUGAAAGACAGAAUUACAGAGAGGCAGAGGCAGAGAGAGAGAAAGGUCUUCCAUCCACUGGUUCACUCCCCAAAUGGCUGCAAUGGCUGAGGCUGAGCCAGUCUGAAGCCAGGAGCUUCUUCCAGGUCUCCCACACAGGUGCAGGGGCCCAAGGACUUGGGCCAUCUUCUACUGCUUUCCCAGGCCACAGCAGAGAGCCGGAUCGGGACUCAAACCAACACCCAUGUGGGAUGCUGGCACUGCAAUUGGUGACUUUACCCACUAUGCCACAGCACCGGCUCUCAAGUAGUAUCUUAACAGCUGUGCCAAAUACCUGGUUCAGCACAUUAGUUUGAGAAGUCUAUUACACAUCUAAACGGAGAUGUUAGAUAAUAGGCUUUUGGCUACAGGGUGGCUUGUUCAGAUGUUUCUGAAAAUAUAAAUUUGGGAGUCAUCACUGAAUAAAUAUUUAUAGUGAUAGGAUUAGACGAGAUUGCCAAGGAGUAAGUGUACUAAAAGAGAGCAGUGGAGACAGCUGAGCCACGGGGCACUCGGCUUGGGAGAGAAGGAGCCACAAAGCAAAGGAGGGAGCAGAAGAGGGAUGUCCGGCAGUCCCAUGCUGCCGAGGCGCGCAGAGGUCAGGCGUGAGAGGCAGUAGGCAAGCAGAGGCAGCGUGUGCAUACUUUGCUGGAAGAGACCGCAGGAGACUGGAACGGGGUAGAAGAGCACUGGCUGGCAGGAGCUGCGCCAGGAAAGGAGAAGGUUGUGUUUCUUCUUGGUUAGGAGAUGGUGUUAUACUAAGUGGAAAUGAUCUAGGAAGAGGCAGAAACUGAUAUGCUGGAGAGAGGAUAAUUUCAGAGCAAGAGGGGUAUGGGAUCGAGUGCUCAACUGGGAAAGUUGGGCUUCUUGGAGGAACAGAGAUAGGUCAUUCACUGUAACCCCGGGGAAGGCUACUGUGAGUACAGAUACAGUAGGAUGGGCAGUCAGGUGGUGGGAAGAGUCAGUUCGUACUGAUUGUUCUUAUUUUCUCUAGGAAGCACAGUUGACUGGAGGGAAUGAGAAAGGGAUGAUGCCACAGGAGAAGAUAAAUAACUAUCUCAGAGAUUAGGAAGUGAAUUUAAUGGCAAAUGUAGGAUUACUGAUCAGUGCUGAAUGCCUAUUUGAAAUUUGUGGUUAUCUGUAUAAGGUGAUAGCGGUUAGCACUGUGUGUGCUGCCACAGGCAGAAAGCUGAUUUUAACAUAGACUAUGCUGAUUGAUUAUUGCAGAGGGGAAGAGGCCUGGAACUCUUGGAAUUUCUUUUGUGCUGUAGCGCUAGCAAAUGUCUGAUAUGUUUUGUGGUGUAGCAUUAUUGAAGAAUCUUUUUAGAGCUCAUGAAACCUAAGGGAACAUCUAAUCCAUGGUUCUAAACUGGGGCAGGGUGGGGGAGUGUCAUGUAUCAGAAGUACGUGGAGAGCUUUUGGCCUGAGAAAUGAUACCUUACUCUCCAGCUAGUCCUGGAAAAGCAGAAUCCCAAGAGCAGAAUCCAAGACUGCUGGCAGCUGAGAAGCAUCGACUGACUUCCUGGGGCCUCGGUCACAAAAUUAGGAGGAGGUUUGGGCUUGAGAAGGAGUCCUGAGCCAAACACUGGCAAAGCUUGUGUUGUUUGAUUUGAUUUUUUUUUUUAAUUAAUUAAUUUAUUUCAAAGGGAAAGAGAAAGUGAGGAAGGGAGGGAGAGGGAGAGGGAGAGAAUCUUCCAUCCGCUGGUUCACUCCUCAAAUGUCCACAAUGGCCAGAGUUGGGCCAGUCCACAGCCAGGAGCCAGGAGCUUCUUCUGGGUCUCCCACGUAGGUACAGGAGCCCAAGCACUUGGGCCAUUUUCUGCUGCUUUCCCAGGUGCAUUAGCAGGGAGCUGGAUUGGAAGUAGAGUAGCGGGACUCAAACCAGCGCCCAUAUGGGAUGCCAGUGCCACAGGUAGUGGCUUAACCCUGUAUGCCACAGUGCCCACCCUGAUUCAACCCAUUUUACACAGGAAAGAACUGGUGCCAGAGAGGUCAGACAGCUUUCCCAGUCCUAUCUCCUAACUCCAGUUCAGUGUUCUGUCAUUUUAUUACAUCAGUAUGAAAUACUAUGCUGAUCUGAUAACUAAUUGUUUCAUGGGGGGUUUUAGUUUUUCAAGAUUGUAUUAAAAAUUUUGACUCUGCCAAUUGUUGCUAGAGUUAAUGAUUCUAAUUUCAGUGUUCUUGUUUCCUAUUUGUUUUUUCUCUUCCCCAA